CAGCCAACAGCCGUCAAGGACAUACUCUCAAAGUCAAAUUGAUGAACCUGUCGUUCAAAGGCAGUCCUAUUCACAGAAUCAAGCAAUAUCUGCGAGGCAUUGUGACAGACCAGUUCCCCCUAUGAAUGGUCGUUUCUCGUGCCAGAUUCGAAGUGAUCGAUACAUAUGUACAGCGACAUGUAACCCUGGAUAUGAAUUUCCUGAUAAAUCGGAUAAUCUGAAUCUUGAAUGCGAUCAGAGGACAGGAUACUGGUCACCUUACGCGAACUUUCCUGACUGUGUUUCCACUUACGGAGGAGGACACAGAUCAUCAAGACAAGGUUCUUCUCAAAGCCACAGCUCAUCUCAUGGUUCUUCUUACAGCAGCAACUAUGAGCACAGUUCCUCACAAACAAGUUCACAAAGAUCACACGCGCAAGUCCAAACCUCUCAGGGAAGAGGUCAAAAUUUAUGUGGACAGCCUAGAAAUCCUCGUAAUGGAGCUCAUUAUUGCAGCAUGAGCAAUGGUCAAUGGUCGUGUCAAGCAACUUGUAAUCCAGGUUAUGCAUUUUCUGACGGAAGGACACAAGUAACCAUCACGUGCCAUGAGCGAGAUGGACGAUGGUCACCGACGGAUGGUUUCGAAGAUUGCAGGGUACUUUGUAAUCCACCUUGCGAAAACGGAGGUCGAUGUUCUGUUAAUAACCAGUGUUCGUGCCCUUCAACUCAUAGAGGAAACAGAUGUCAAUAUCCUGUGUCUUUAUGCGAGUUCAGUCGCCUGUCUAGUGAUUCACUGUAUUCAGACUGUAGACAUAACCCGGAAUAUACGGAAUGUAACCUGGCCUGUCCUCCUGGUAUGGCAUUUGAUCCUCCAACGUCUUCAAUAUACAGGUGCACAGUAGACGGGCGCUGGAAUCCGCCAACUCCUCCACAGUGUAGAAGAGAUAAUUUAUGUGAAAAACCUCCAACGCCAAUGAAUGGACGUAUUCAAUGCCAAGGCAAUGAGGAGAUUUUCAUGUGUGUUGGAUCAUGCAAGCCUGGUUUCAUGUUCAGGGAUGGUUUCACUGAACUGACAAUUCAAUGCGUCAGGAGAACUGGUGAAUGGACUCCGGAUGCAUCUUUUCCAGAUUGUGAAGCAAGUUGUAGGCCGCACUGUGAAAACGGGGGGAAAUGCAUUGGACAUAACAAAUGUUUGUGCCCUAGAGACUACAGAGGAGACAGGUGUGAAUACCACACCUCGAACUGCGACGGUCACGAUCGCUUUGCAUCAGUUGCCUGGCAGUGCAGAGAUGCAGAGAAAGAAACAGUUUGCAAUGUCAGUUGCAGGAGUACUCAAAAAUUGCAGCCAUCUCAACCAACUGUAUAUACAUGUAGUUUAGACGGAUCCUGGGAACCAGAUUUGAAGCCCAUAUGCGUUUCAGAUCCGUCACAGACUACAAGAAUGUCAUCACGAUAUGAUAGUCACCACGGGGAGAAUAAUUUUGAAAGUGGUUUAUCUUCACAAAAUGCCCGCAAUCGAGUAGAUCAUGGAGGGUAUUUUGGUGGUCAAGAGCAAAUGGAUUAUGAUGAUUUUGGUGGUCAGCAACAAAUUGAAGACGAUGACUUCAACUUCGAUUACGGUGGUCAAAGACCAGUGAAAAUACCAGAAAGAAAUAUUGGUCAAAACAGAGUUGCCUACGACUUUGAUGACAAUGGACAGCAACAGGAAAUACAUUCAGAAAACGAACGUUUGCAACAGCGUCCUCGAACCAGACAGGAGCAAGGACUGGAAGAAAUGGAUGUAGAUCUUAACAAGGUUGAGAAUGGGGACCUAGAUGAAAAGUUUCGCCUUGGUAAUGAAGAUGCCCAGGAGAUAAUCAACCAACACGAACUAGAGACAAAUGAUAAAAGUGAUAUGGAAAUGUUUUCAAAAAUGGAAGGAGUAACCAAUUACAAGGGAAUUUGUUCCAGCUGGGGCUUCUUCCAUUAUAGGUCAUUCGACGGUGGUCUUUUCACAUAUCCUUCUUCCUGCUGGUAUGUGAUGGCUACCAGCUAUGGCGAUGACCUUAUCAUCGGCUUGAAGACAAACUGUAAUGAAGGAUCUCGUUGUACUCGUGUUGUUUUAAUUAAGCAUCUUCAGAACAGAUAUUUUCUGUCCUAUGAACAUGGUGUAAUACGUAACGGAGUUCCAUUAGAUAUUCCAACUCAAGCAGGAGAUUUGACCGUUGAACGCAUUACAAGAUAUAUUGUAGCAAGACUAACAUUAGGUUACACAAUAUGGCUAAAUGAAGAGAACAGCGUAUUUAUUGCUGCUGAACCAUACAUGAUGAACGGGACAGUGGGUUUGUGUGGAAACUAUGACGGAAUCUUGGAUUACAAGUUCUUCCGAAGCGAUGGAUCGAAAACAUUUGACAUUUUUUCGUUUUUUAAUAGUUGGAAAAUGGAAGAUAUUGACGAAAGCUGCAUGGAUGAUGUAGAACCGAAAUCGCCUUGCAACGACGAUACUAGAGACAGAAGAAUAGCGACAGACAAAUCAAGUUUGGCUUGUGCGGCUAUUUAUAAUUUGCGAUUUGACGCUUGCGCAGAGCUUUUAGAUCCUAAUAAAUAUUACAUUAUGUGCACUUUGGACUGUUGCAAUGAAAUGGCAAAAGAAGAUUGCGAAUGCGCCUCAAUUGCAGAAUAUCUUCUGGAAUGUGCUAGAGGUGGUAUAGACAUGAGCGAAGGAUGGAGAACUCCUGGCUUGUGCC